AUGUCCUUGCCACCAUUCUUGAUAUACCCAGCAUCACAGUCUACUCCAUCCUCCUUGGUGUCGUCAUCAGCAGAAGAUAAAACACCUGAUAUCCCGUCAAAAGCCCCAACGGUCAAAUCAACACCACCAUCACAAGAUCGUCUUUUCGCUUUAUACUCGUUCACCUCUUCUCAACGCACCACGAACCCCACAGGUUAUUCCGUAAAUUUAUCAUGGUGGUCUAAAACCCUAGAAGAUGUUCUGAGUGGGGGUUGGAUGGUAGAUAGGUUAAUAUUGAGAGUAGGGGAUGGUUUAAUAAGUCGUUUAGAAUGGGAAGGUAGGAGGGUUAAGGGUUUAGGAGGUGUUAUCGAACAUCUUUCACAUACUUCCCCUCCAACUCUUCAUUCAUUAAAUCAUUUCUUAUCCUCCCAAGCCCCGUUAUUACAACCACCCUCUUUGAGUAGAAGAUUUAUCGGUACACCUUUAUGGUGGAUUUUAAAUCAAUUAAAUCCUUUCAAUUCUGGUGAAAUGGAAUCAGAGGGUAGUUUGUGGAAGAGAUAUAAAGGAGAUUAUGUUCAUUUGGGGUUAUUACAACAAGUAACAUCAGCCUUCAUCUCUUACAUCCGUUCACAUCCUCCAACAACAUACACUGAAUCUCUCCAUUCUACAAAAUCGUUCAUCGUCACCUUCUCCGUCAUAUGUAUACCAAAAACAUGGAAGAAGAUACCCGAUGGUGAGGCAGAAGAUAAAUUGAGUGAUCAAGAUAUGAAAGUUUUGUUAAAGUGGUUGGAGAGGGAUUGUGGGGUGUUGGUAACGGAUGGCGAGGUCAUCAAAAUCCUCUCGGAAAGCCAAACGGGAGAAUCAAUCACCGAGGCUGAUCGAGGAACUUUGCAAGUUUUGACCACGUUGAGAAAGGUGGACGAACAGGUGGAGAAGCUGGAGGAGGAGAUACAAUUAUGCCAAGAAAAGGCAAAGAAACACCUUUCCUCUGGACAAAGGACAUUAGCUAUAUCUCGGUUAAGAAGCAAAAAAGCUCUCGAGGAUGUCCUGGAGAAAAGACUAGGCGCAGGAGAACAACUCAGAGCUGUGGUGAGGAGUGUUGAUCAAGCUCAGACGGAUGUAGAGGUCAUGGCAGCUUAUCAAACCUCCACUUCCACCUUACGUCAACUUCUUUCACACCCUUCCCUCUCACUUGACAAAGUGGAGGAAACCACAGAAGCUCUCGCUUCCGCUCUGGCAGAUCAGAGAGAGGUAGACGAUGCCAUGGCUAUCGGCGAAAAGAUCUUGGUACAGAAUGCGGUGGACGAGGAUGAUUUGGAGAAGGAAUUGGAAGCAAUGGUCAAAGACGCGGAGGAGGUGCAGAAGAAAGAGAAGGAAAUGGCAGAGGCAUCACUCGCUCGAGCUGCUGAGCGAGCUCCAGUUCACAAUGUACCCCAACGGGAGAAGGUUGAUACGAUUGCGACCUCUCGGUUGGCCCGUAGUAUCAUCUCUGACGAGGGAGCUGGGAAACGAGUCGAGACCCCGCUGGCUAUGGACGACGAGCUUUCCCCCUGGGAGGAACGAUAUCUUGCUGCUCGGGAAAGAGAGGUAGGGGAGAAGAUGAGAGCAGAGAAGGAAAGGUUAGAGAGACAGAUGGUAGUUGAAUGA